AUGCCACGCUACGCAUCCUCAGACGACGAAGACGACUUUCACAUGAGCGACUCGGGAUCGGAUUUCGAGGGGGCAGGGACGAGUGCCAAGGGCAAGAAGGCCGCCCCCAAACCCGCCCCGAAGAAGACUCCCGCCGCCAAGAAAGCCCCCGCAGCGAAGAAGACCGCCGCAACGGGGAAGGGGAAGAAAGCUGCGAAGCCGCUGGAGGAGAUUGAUACGAAUGGCGGGAGGGGUGCGGGGAGUGAUGAGGAGGAGGAGGACGAGAGGAUGGAGGAGGACGACGACGACGACUUUGGUGCGGGCAAGAAGGCUCCCGCGAAGGGGAAGGGCAAGGCCAAGUCGGCGAGCGAGACGUAUGUCAAGCUCACUCAACUCGAACACGUCCUCAAGCGCCCGGACACCUACAUCGGCUCGAUCGAGCCCGUCACGCAGCCUAUGUGGGUGUGGGACCGCGAGAGCGAGAAGAUGGUCUUCCGUCAGACGACGUUUACGCCGGGUUUCUACAAGAUUUUCGAUGAGAUCCUCGUCAAUGCCGCUGACAACAAGGUCCGCGACCCGACGAUGAGCGAGAUCCGCGUGACGAUCGACGAGGAGAAGCGGACGAUCACCGUCAAGAACGACGGCAAGGGUAUCCCAAUCGAGAAGCACAAGAAGGAGGGCAUCUACAUCCCCGAGCUCAUCUUUGGCAACCUCCUCACCUCCUCGAACUACGACGACGACGAGGCCAAGACGACGGGUGGACGGAACGGCUACGGCGCCAAGCUCGCCAACAUCUACUCGACCGAGUUCAUCGUCGAGACGGCCGACGGCGAGUCCAAGUACCGCCAGGUCUUUAGCGACAACAUGAGUCGCAAGGGCGCGCCCAAGAUCACGAGCGUCAAGAAGGACGGCGAGCAGUACACGCUCAUCACGUUCACGCCCGACCUCGAGCGGUUCAACAUGCACGACGGGUUCGACCGCGACACGCUUGCGCUCCUCCACAAGCGCGUGUGGGACAUGGCCGGAAUCGUACCCAAGGUCAAGGUUUACCUCAAUGGCAAGGUCCUCCGCUGCAAAGACUUCAAGGCCUACGUCGAGAAAUUCCUCGCCGGCACGAACGAGAUCACCGGCGCCGCCGCCGCCAAGAAGAAGGGCAAGAAGGGCGAGGCGCCCGUGACGGCUGCGGCUGCGCUCUUUGGCGACGACGAGGAGGACGCCGAGAUGCGCCCGGCAGCCGACGCCGACGCGGCCAAGCAGACGGUCGUCUUUGAGAAAGUCAAUGACCGGUGGGACGUCGCGUUCGCCGUCUCGGACGGCCAGUUCCAGCAGGUUUCGUACUGCAACGCGAUCGCGACGACGAAAGGCGGGUCGCAUGUCACGUACGUUGCGGACCAGAUCGUCCAGGGCCUCGUCGACCUCGUCAAGAAGAAGCACAAGGGCGUCCAGGUCAAGCCGUUCCAGAUCAAGAACCACAUCGCCUUGUUCGUCAACUGCAAGAUCGACAACCCCUCGUUCGACUCGCAGACCAAGGAGAACAUGACCCUCGGCGUCAAGAAGUUUGGCAGCAAGUGCCAGCUCUCGGACGAGUUCCUCAAGAAGGUCGCCAAGUCGGGCGUCAUCGACAACAUCGUCAAUUGGGCGAAAUUCAAGCAGGACCAGGCGCUUAAGAAGACGGACGGCUCGAAGCGCUCGCGCAUCACCGGCCUCGUCAAGCUCGAGGAUGCCAACAAUGCCGGCACUCGCAACGGCAACAAGUGCACGCUCAUCCUGACCGAGGGAGACUCGGCCAAGGCGCUCGCCGUCUCGGGUCUCGCCGUCGUCGGUCGCGACAACUACGGUGUCUUCCCGCUCCGCGGAAAGCUCCUCAACGUUCGCGAGGCAACCGGCAAGGCGCUUCUCGAGAACGCCGAGAUCCAGGCGAUCAAGCAGAUCAUGGGCUUGCAGCAGGGCAAGACGUACACGAGCACCGACUCGCUCCGCUACGGCAGCCUGAUGAUCAUGGCCGACCAGGACCACGACGGCUCGCACAUCAAGGGCUUGAUCAUCAACUUCCUCGACUACUGGUUCCCGUCGCUGCUCAAGCUGCCGAACUUCCUCGUCGAGUUCAUCACGCCCAUCGUCAAGGUCUCGAAGGGCAAGAAGGAGAUCUCGUUCUUCACGAUCCCCGAGUACGAGGCGUGGAAGGCCGAGACGGACGACGGCCGCGGCUGGAAGAUCAAGUACUUCAAGGGACUGGGAACGAGCGACACGAACGACGCCAAGAAGUACUUCGGCGACAUGAACCGCCACCGCCUGCCGUUCAAGGAGCUCACGCCCGAGGACCGCGCGUUGAUCGACAUGGCCUUCAACAAGAAGAAGGCCGACGACCGCAAGGAGUGGCUGCGCGGCUUUGUGCCCGGCACGUACAUGGACCACGAUGUCGACGAGGUCCCGAUCAAGGACUUCAUCAACAAGGAGCUCAUCCUCUUCUCGAUGGCGGACAACAUCCGUUCGAUUCCGUCUGUCGUCGACGGCUUCAAGCCGGGUCAGCGCAAGGUUCUCUUCGGCUGCUUCAAGCGCAAGCUGAAGAACGAGAUCAAGGUCGGCCAGCUUUCGGGCUACAUCUCGGAGCACUCGGCGUACCACCACGGCGACGCCUCGCUCCAGGGCACGAUCGUCGGCCUCGCGCAGAACUUCGUCGGCAGCAACAACAUCAACGUGCUCGACCCGAACGGCCAGUUCGGUACGCGUCUUCAAGGCGGCAAGGACGCGGCCAGCGCCCGUUACAUCUUCACAAACGUCGCGCAGAUCACGCGCACGCUCUUCCACCCGUCGGACGACGCCAUCCUCGACUACCUCAACGAUGACGGGCAGAGCAUCGAGCCGAGCUGGUACAUCCCCAUUCUUCCCAUGGUCCUCGUCAACGGCUCGGACGGUAUCGGCACGGGAUGGUCAUCGUUCAUCCCGAACUUCAACCCGUCCGAUAUCGUCGCGAACCUCCGCCGCAAGCUCGACGGCGAGGAGAUGGAGCCGAUCCACCCGUGGUACCGCGGCUUCCGGGGCACGAUCGAGAAGGACGCCAAGGAAGGCUACAAGUGCACGGGCACGAUCCAGCGCAUCGACGACUCGACGGUCGAGAUCACCGAGCUUCCGAUCCGCACCUGGACGCAGAACUACAAGGAGAUGCUCGAGUCGUGGGUCGCCGGGAGCGACAAGCAGGCGGCGUGGUGUAAGGACUACAAGGAGUACCACACGGACACGACUGUGCACUUUGUCGUCACGCUGACGACGGCGGGCAAGGAGGCGAUCGAGAAGGACGGUCUCGAAAAGGUGUUCAAGGUGACGAGCAAGCUCAACACGAGCAACAUGGUUUGCUUCGACCCGACGGGCAAGAUCAAGAAGUACGCGACGGCCGAGGACAUCGUUUCGGACUUUUACGACGUCCGCCUCGAGUUCUACCACAAGCGCAAGAAGCACCUCGUCUCGGAGCUCGAGCUCGUGCACGACCGCUUGUCGAACCAGGCGCGCUUCAUCAAGAUGAUCAUCGACAAGCAGCUCGUCCUGAGCAACCGCAAGCGCGCCGACAUUGUCGCCGAGCUGCGCAAGAAGGACUUCCGCCCGUUCCCCAAGGUUCAGAAGAUGCAUGUCGCGGGCGACGUCGACGCGAACGGCGACGGCGACGAGGAGGUCGAGGACCCUGACGCGGUCGAGGCCGGCGCCGACUCGGACUACGACUACCUACUCACGAUGCAGCUGUCGAGCCUGACGCGCGAAAAGGUCGAGCGGUUGAUGGCCGAGCGGGACCAGCGGAGCGCCGAGCUCGACGCGUUGUUGCAGCGCAGCGUGCAGGACUUGUGGCGCGCGGACCUCGAUGCGUUCAUGGGCAAGUGGGACGCGAUGCUCGAGGAGGACAGGGCGAACAAGGCGCGCUCGCUCAAGAAGGCCAAGAGUGCGGGCAAGGGCACGGCCAAGAAGCGCGCGGCGUACGCCUCGGACGACGACGACGACUUCGAGGUCAAGCCGAAGAAGAAGGCGCCGGCGCCGAAGAAGGCCAAGCCGGCGGUCCCGCUGCCCGAGACGGACGACGACGAGGACGUCGUCAUGAAGGCCGCUGCCAAGCCCAAGGCCGCCGCCGCUGCUGCCAAGCCCAAGGCGCCCGCGAAGCGCAAGGCGGCGAGCAUCGACCUCGACUUGAGCGACGAGGACGGCGCGGACGAGACGCCGCCGAAGAAGAAGAAGGCCCCGAGCACGACGGGCAAGAAGGCUGCUGCUUCGAAGAAGAAGGUCGCCGCGAGCGACAUCGAGGACGAGGACGACGAGUUGGACGAUUUGUACGCCUUGCCAGCGAAGAAGCCCGCUGCGCACUCGCCCAAGGGUAAGAAGGCGACCGCGACCAAGGCCAAGGCCAAGUCUGUCGAGCUCGAUGACUCGGACGACGAGCCGGUCGUGACGAAGAAGAAGGCGCCUGCGACGGCCAAGGCCGCCCCGGCGAAGAAGGCUGCGGCGCCGAAGAAGAAGAAGUCGGCUGUGUCGGACGAGGACGACCUCGACCUCGACCUGUCGAUGUCGGAUGCGCCUGCGCCGAAGGCUCGCGCGGCCCGCUCGACGCGCGCGCCGGCCAAGAGCUACCAGCUCGACCUCGGGUCGGACUUUGAGGGCGACGACUCGUUCCAGGUCGAGGACGACGAGGACGAGGAGGACGCCUUUGAACUGGGCGACGAGAGUGACUGA